AUGUGCGUGACGGAUAUUCUACUUCACUCCUCUGAUCGGGUUACACCAACAAAUCCACUUAUGUCGUCGCUAGAAUAUCGCCAAACGCUUAUGACGACACCACUUUAUAUUCAUGUUCGUAAUAAAGCCAAAGCUGAACUUGGCAACUUCAAGGUAUAUGUUCAUAAAUUUACGCGAGGUAUAUUAAAUUUGGUUAAUUCAGAUAAACUUGACAACCCAGAAGUCGUGGAUUUCUGGAAGGAGUUCACUUCACAUCAAAAUGGUUGCGAGAUUGGCGUUCUGGAGUCGUCGGUUAGUAUCCGACAUAGAAAAAAUGAUUCCCAUGAUGUUGCAGAAGAUCUUACAACUGACGCAUCUACCGAGUUUUUUGCUAGUACCGCAGAGAAUCAUGACACAAAUGAAGACAUUUACAAAGAAAAAAUGGAAUCUUAA